CACUCCGUCUCGGAGCGGAUAAUGCGGUGAGCAGGCACCGCGCCGGCAGACUCGGCUGGAUCUGCGCACCCGGCCGGGAUUGCGUGCGCCCGCGGGAGGCCCUGGGCAGCGGCUGGGAUCCUCAGCGGUGGCCGGUUUCUCCUGGUUGUGGUCAAGACUGGAUGAUGUAACUGGCUCUCUAGGAAGCCUCACUUGGCCGUAACCUCAGGAAGGUUCUCUUUGACCCCAUCUCAUUUCGAAGCCACUUCUGAAGCCACUUGACAAAAAUGAAGUGACAGUUCCUAUCAAAAAGGAUUCAGAAACAUAUACCAUCUGUGAAGAAAGUGGCCCCUUUUCCCACUUGCAAAAUAGACAUUCUCAAAUUCCAAAAUGCCAGCCAAGACCCCAAUUUACCUGAAAGCAGCCAAUAACAAGAAAGGAAAGAAAUUUAAACUGAGGGACAUUCUGUCUCCUGAUAUGAUCAGUCCCCCGCUUGGAGACUUUCGCCACACCAUCCACGUUGGCAAAGAGGGCCAGCACGAUGUCUUUGGAGAUAUUUCCUUUCUUCAAGGGAACUACGAGCUUUUACCUGGAAACCAGGAGAAAGCACACCUGGGCCAGUUCCCUGGGCAUAAUGAGUCCUUCCGGGCCAACAGCACCUCGGACUCUGUGUUCACAGAAACACCCUCCCCGGUGCUCAAAAAUCCCAUCUCCCUCCCGACCACUGGAGGAUCCCAAGCUCUCAUGUUGUCCUUAUUGUCACCGGUGACAUUUAAUUCCAAACAGGAGUCCUUUGGGCCAGCAAAGCUGCCCAGGCUUAGCUGCGAGCCCGUCAUGGAGGAAAAAGCUCAGGAGAAAAGCAGUCUGUUCGAGAACGGGACAGUCCACCAGGGAGACACCUCGUGGGGCUCGAGCGGUUCUGCAUCUCAGUCCAGCCAAGGCAGGGACAGCCACUCCUCCAGCCUGUCUGAACAGUACCCUGACUGGCCAGCCGAGGACAUGUUUGACCAUCCCACCCCAUGCGAGCUCAUCAAGGGAAAGACUAAGUCAGAGGAGUCCCUCUCUGACCUUACAGGUUCCCUCCUCUCCCUGCAGCUUGAUCUUGGGCCCUCACUUUUGGAUGAGGUGCUGAAUGUAAUGGAUAAAAAUAAGUAACAAGA